AUGACUUCGUCCCGACCGGGCUCGGGGUCCCGCUCGUCAUAUUACCAGUCGGCAGCUGGAAGCACUUCCUCGUCCCGGCCUUUUCUUGCGAUGCUAAACCCCAGUGGUCGGCACUAUCAAGGGUAUACACAAGCCAACCAGUCUGUGCUGGAGGAAGACGAGCAACGGAGUAGCGGUGACGAAGGGGAAGUUAGUCUCAGAAGGCAGGAAGAGUCUAUCCCACUCUCGAAAUCGCGCCAUGGCCACCAUGUCUCGUGGGACUCUGGCCCCGCCGUCCUCCACCCAAAUAUCCAACAAGAGGACAAUGACAACGGCGAUGAUGAGGUCCCCCCAUCCAGCUUUAUGGUCGAAACUACUUCGACUACAACGAGAGCUUCACGGAGUAAAGGCAAAUCAAAGGCCAAGUCAAAGACCUCGUCAACUCCGACUCCAGUAGAAUCGAGGUCGCGGCCAUUGUACUCCAUAGCGGGCAAGACACUUCCCUCUGUAUUACCACUGCACACGACUCCUUCUCCUGACUCCGUCCCCCGUUCCGAAAGCCGAACAUCCACAAGCAACAACGACCGACCAAAUCGGCAAAUGGGUGGCUUGGAUGCCUACGAACGAGCCUUAUGGAACUGGGUUAAUGUCUAUAAUCUGGACGCAUUCCUCCAGGAGGUGUAUUUCUACUAUGAGGGAAAGGGCAUCUACAGUAUCGCUCUUUCACGAGGGCUCAAUCUAUUAACGGUCGGAUUCGUCAUUGGAUUCUCCACAUUCCUACUCGGCUGUGUUGACUAUUCACGCAUACGACACGAAACAUCCAUGAAGCUUUCAGACGUUGUGGUUUCCCGCUGCGUAUCCAGAUUUUCUGGCUUCACACUCCUCUUCUUCAUCCUCUUUAUUGCGUUCUACGUCUGGCAAAUCGUCGCUUUCGUGCUCAGUAUAUUCCGACUGGUCGACAUGUACAACUUUUACACCCACCUACUCAAGAUCCCAGACGAGGAUGUUCAGACCAUUGCCUGGCCAGAGGUCGUUCGUCGGAUAGGCGCGAUUCGUGAAGAAAACCCACUCACUGCUCUCUCGUCUAACAUUCCCAAAACGAGCGACACGACGACAGCCAAGCUAGAUGCGCACGACAUCGCUAAUCGCAUUCUCCGACAAGAGAAUUACUUGAUAGCACUAUUCAACAAGGACCUGCUGGACCUCCGGGUUCCGUUGCCUAAUGCCUUGAAACGGUUUGUCGACACGGAAGCUCAAGGCAAUGGCAAGAUGCUCACCCGCGCAUUGGAAUGGAACCUGCGAUUCUGCUUGAUGGAGUACUUAUUCGACCAGCACGGUGCUGUUCGCAAGGUUUUCCUCAAAUCGAAGAAUCGUCCAGCACUAAUCGACGGACUCCGCCGCCGAUUUAUCUUUAUGGGAAUUCUCAACGCCAUUUUUGCGCCGUUCAUCGUGCUCUAUCUGCUCAUGUACUCCUUCUUCCGGUACUUUGAGGAAUACCACAAAGACCCUUCAACGAUCAGUGGUCGGCGAUAUACGUCCUACGCGCAAUGGAAGUUCCGCGAAUUCAACGAGCUGCCCCAUCUCUUCUCGCGGCGGCUCAAAGAGUCCCAUCCAUUCGCCAACAUGUACAUCGGGCAAUUCCCAAACGAGAAUGUUGCGCUGCUCAUGCGUUUCGUUGCAUUUGUCUCUGGUUCCUUUGCUGCUGUGCUUUUCCUCGCCACCGUCCUUGAUCCAGACAUCUUUGUCCAUUUCGAGAUAACCCCACACAGAACGGUGCUGUUCUACUUGGGUGUGUUUGGGUCGGUAUUAGCUGUCGCGCGGGGCAUGAUUCCUGAAGAGAACAAGGUCUUCGACCCUGAGUUCUUGAUGACGGAAGUUAUCGGGUACACCCAUUACAUGCCUGACGAUUGGAAAGACCAACUACACAGCAAGCGGACCCACACCGCAUUCGGCCAACUUUUCGCAAUGAAGAUUCUCAUCUUCGUAGAAGAGCUCGUGUCCGUCGUUCUAACGCCGUUCGUGCUAUGGUUUUCUCUACCCGAUUGUGCGCCCGCAAUCAUCGACUUUUUCCGUGAGUUCACGGUGCACGUGGACGGACGCGGGUAUGUCUGCAGCUUUGCGGAGUUCAACUUUGAGCGACACGGCAACGUCAAGUUCGGCGCGCCGACCCAGAUCGAAGACAAGCGGAUGGUGUCGAACGAGGGCAAGAUGGAGAAGAGCUUCCUGAACUUCAAGGCGGCGAAUCCGGACUGGAGUCCCGCAGAUCCCGCUGGCUCGCUAUACCUGAGCCGGAUUGCGGACUUUAGUGGCUCACAGUUGCCCAGGCGACGUGAUUUGGGCCAGUCCACGGUCCAGGACUACGAUAGACUGCGACAAAGUCAGCGGAGAAGGGUUGUGGGUGGGCUGGCGGGGAGUAUGCUCCAUAUGUCAGCUCUAGCUGGGCCCCAUGCAACUUCGUCAUCAGUCUUUGGCAGGGCGUCAAUGGCGCAAACAGCCGUUUUGGGCGAAUCGGCGGCGAGUAUACCAACCACGCCCAAGACACCGAGACCCGAAAUUAAGACGGAGGACUUAUCGGCAGACGGGGGUGUUGGGAGUGGUUUGGGCGAGUCCUAUGUCGAUGGGGCCGGCGGAGCGGGCCGGACCGAGCCGGAUGAGGACGAAGAGAGGUUGGAGGACGACCGCGGGGUGCUUGGACUGUUGGCGCAGAUUUAUGGCAGGAGAGAAGGUGCUGCCCGCGUAAUGUGA